AUGAAUCAAGUUACCAAUGACUCGAGGAGUGUUGUGACUAAAAAGCAUAGAAAGUUUUUUGAAAGACAUUUACAAUUGCUUCCCUCUUCGCAUCAAGGACAUGACGUGAACAGGAUGGCGAUAAUAUUCUACUCCAUAGUAGGACUCUCCAUAUUUGAUGUUAAUGUGCCUGCGAAGUAUGGCCAUCAUCUUGGCUGGAUGCGCAAACAUUAUAUCAAAAAAGUGCUGGAUGACACAAACAAUACUGUGAUAUCAGGAUUCGUCGGAAGCUUAGUUAUGGAUAUUCCUCAUGCAACAACGAUUAAUCUACCGAAUACGCUCUUUGCAUUGUUGUCUAUGAUCAUGCUGAAAGAUUACGAAUAUUUUGAGACUAUACUAGAUAAAGAGAGUCUUUUGAGAUUUGUUUCCAGGUGCCAACUAUCUGCCCGUGGCUCAUUUGUAUCUUGUUUAGAUUAUAAGACAAAUUAUAGAUCUUCAGUUGAUUCUGACGAUUUGAGAUUUUGCUACAUUGCUGUUGCAAUUCUAUACAUAUGUGGAUGUCGAUCCAAAGAAGACUUUGAUAGGUACAUUGAUACUGAGAAGUUGCUUGGCUAUAUAAUGUCGCAACAAUGCUCUAACGGAGCUUUCGGUGCCCACCAUGAACCACACUCAGGGUACACAUCUUGUGCACUUUCUACAUUAUCUUUAUUAUCUAGUCUUGGAAGGCUAUCUGACAAGUUUAAAGAAGACACCAUAACCUGGUUAUUACACAGACAAGUAUCAAGCCAUGGGUGUAUGAAACUUGAGAGCGAUUUGAACGCUUCGUAUGACCAAUCUGAUGACGGCGGUUUUCAGGGAAGAGAAAAUAAGUUUGCUGAUACGUGUUACGCAUUCUGGUGCUUAAAUUCACUACAGUUACUCACAAAGGAUUGGAAAGUGUUGUGCCAAACUGAACUAACAACAAAUUACUUGCUAGAUCGGACGCAGAAAUCAUUAACCGGAGGCUUUAGUAAAAAUGACGAGGAAGAUGCUGAUUUAUACCACAGUUGUCUAGGGAGCGCUGCGUUAGCAUUGAUCGAGGGGAAAUUUAAUGGAGAGUUAUGCAUACCACAACAGAUAUUCAAUGACUUUGACAAGAGAUGCCACAGUAGUGCGAAUUCUUUGAAGGAGAACUUAAUUUGA